AUGGAUUUAUUACAGCAAGAAUAUGAUUCCACACAAUUUUGUUUUCCUGCAAUGAACAACUCUUGCGUUAAAUUCACAUACAGCAUAUUCACACAGACAGCGUUGUAUCUCAUUUUGUUGUCAGCGAUGAUUGUGACCAUUCUAGGAAACUCAGUGGUCAUCAUCUCCAUAGCGCACUUCAGACAGCUCCAAACACCCACCAACAUACUGGUGAUGUCUCUGGCUAUGGCAGAUCUGCUGGUGGGAGUGAUGGUCAUACCAUUUAGUAUGAUUCGCUCUGUCGAUGGCUGCUGGUAUUUUGGAGAAGCCAUAUGUCUGUUUCACUCCAGUUUUGACUUGUUUCUCACGUCUGUGUCUAUUUUUCAUCUUAUUUUUAUUGCUAUUGACCGUUAUCAGGCCGUGUGUCAUCCGCUUCAGUACCCUUCACAAGUCACCAUACCUGUUGCUUGGGUCAUGGUGCUGUUAAGCUGGAGCUUGGCUGCUUUGUAUUCUUUUGGCCUUGUGUACUCAAAAGCAAACGUGGAAGGAAUGGACGAAUAUUUUGCAUCAAUAGACUGUAUAGGAGGUUGCAAUCUCUAUUUCAAUGCAUUGUGGUCCGUUUUAGACACAUUACUUACUUUCUUUGUGCCUUGUUCUGUCAUGAUGGGACUGUACGCCAGGAUUUUUUUUGUUGCUAAAAAACAUGCAAGAAACAUUGGUGAUCAGCAUGAACAUGAGAACACAUUUAAGACUUCUCGAAGGUCUGAGCGCAAAGCAGCAAAAACUCUCGGUAUUGUCGUUGGUGCUUUUAUCCUUUGCUGGUUGCCAUAUUUUAUCAACUCUAUGAUGGACCCCUACAUUAACUUUUCCACUCCAUUUGAGCUAUUUGAUACAUUUAGCUGGUUAGGCUACUUUAAUUCUACCAUAAACCCCAUUAUAUAUGGACUUUUUUAUCCAUGGUUCAGAAAAACUCUUUAUCUUAUUUUAACACUGAGGAUAUUUGAGCCAAACUCUUCUGAUAUCAGUGUUUUCACUAUUUGA